AUGGCUUCGUCUGUGUAUCUCGUCCUUGCUUCAACUGCAUUUUGUGUAAUUCAUGCAAUUUGGUGGUGGCGAUCCUAUCCAGCAGUGACAGCUUCGUCGCUCGGCAUCCCGCUCGUUGAGUUCGGGGACGGGGAAGAGUCCAAAACGCGAUACGCAAGUGACACGGGGAAGCUUCUAAGGGAAGGCUACGACAAGUAUCUCAAGAAUGGACAGCCGUUUUGUAUGCGCAAUCACGCAGACCCCAGUCGCCCGUUCGUCUUUCUCCCUGUGCGAUACAUGGAAGAAGUAAGGAAUGCGCCACAGGACAAGUUGAGCCUUCCCCUGUACACAGAGAAGGCUUCCAUCCUCAACUAUGUGAACGGCCCAGCUAUCACGGAAGAGGUCCAACAUGCAGCUCGUCUGAACUUGAAUAGGGCACUGAAUAAUCUUGUCGGGCCUAUACAGGAGCAGUGUUUUCUAGCUGCCGAGCACAAAAUGCCAGAAUGUCCAGAAUGGACACCCGUUCAUAUAUAUCCUAUUAUAUUAAAUCUCUUCGCCCACAUGUCGGCCCGUGUCAUGGUCGGCCCUGAGCUGUGCAAGGAGUGGCCGGCAAUUUCCUUACAGUAUCUGAACGCUGCACUGAAAGCGCCUGGAGUCGUACGGCAAAAGUAUCAUCCAUGGCUGUUUUGGGCCGCCAAAUACUUCAGCUCUGAAGUUAAGGACGUCAUGAAAGUACGCCGACAAGCCGCUGAGUUUAUCCGCCCAGAGCUGGAGGCGCGCCAGGCCGCCUUCAGAAGCGCAGUGUCAGAGAGAAAAAUUGGGAGCUUCAAGAAGCACGAUGACUUUAUCCAGUGGCUGAUGGAUGAGCACCGGGCCAGGGGGAAGGAAGUAACCCCUGACGAGCUGGUCCAAAACAUUUUUAUCACAAUGGUCGCCUCGAUGCACGGUACGUCGUCAAUCGGCUACUCAGUGCUUCUUGACCUGCUGGCGCACCCCGAUGCCUUGGCGGACAUCAAGGACGAGAUAAACCGUGUCAAAAGGGAAGAAUUGCAGGGCAAGCAGACAUGGACGCGGCAUUCAUUGGGCGAGUUGCGACUCCUUGACAGCUUCAUGAGGGAAACGCACCGUAUGCAUCCCUUCACGGAGGCGACCAUGCAAAGGACUGUGGUCAUACCCUACACCUUCAAGGAUGGCCUGACCGUACCGGCUGGGAUAUCCGUCAACUUCACUUCGCUGCAGCACAGCAUGGAUCCAGAUGCGCAGGGGGCGGAUGCGAACAACUUCGACCCAAGUCGCUGGGUUAACAAGCGGCAACACUUCGACACCAGCAAGUUCCAAUUUGCCUCGACCUCUGACGACUGGUUUAAUUGGGGCGGUGGGCCCCACGCGUGCCCUGGGCGGUUCCUGGCGGACGUAACCAUCAAGCUCAUCUUGAUCUACUUGCUCACAAAUUAUGACAUCAAGUAUCCAGAUGGAGUUACGGCGCGCCCAGCGGAUGGCCGGAGAAACCUUAUGAUCACACCCGAUAUGGCGACGCCGAUCCUUUUUAAAAGGCUUCCGGCAUGA